CAUUGAGAGUGCGUGCUGCUUCUUCCAGACAGUGACUAACUUUUAGCACUGUAAUUUUGAUUUCCUGUGUGUGUGGUUGGUUUCUACAUUGAAUUGUACUGGGGCGGAAAGGUACGAUCGUGAACACACGCUUCCACGUGUGUAGGGUAUAAUGAGAACAACGCAAUGCCGCGCAUCCUUGAGAGGUCUUGUCGCGGUGACUGAAGAAGGGUCGACGUGGAAAUAGAGGGGAGGGAAGCGAUCAAGACCAGGGAUCAAGAUAUGAAAUUACGUCUAUUUGCAUGGCCAGUUUUUCUCCUUGCAUACACCGUGUUUGCUGCGCUGCCUAGACCUUAUAAUGUGAGGAUGGAUGCAGUGAACACUCGAUACAUCAUGAAAUGGGACUGGAAUCACUCCAUGGCCAAUCGCAACAUCACGUUCACCGCUCAAUACACAUUUUCUCAUAAACAGUUGGACGAGAGGUCCUACACAGGGAUGUGUAUCAGGAUAACUGAGGAGAGGUGUGACUUCUCUAGGGAGCUGGACUUCUACAUGGGGUCAUACAUACUGAGAGUGAGGGCCGAGGGCAGGGGUCAGAUGUCAGACUGGUACAGGCUGAAGUUCGUUCCUGAUGAACAUGCGGACCUAGGCCCCCCAUCCCAUGUGGCGUUCGAUCCAGGGGACACUAUGUUAACAGUGAGCUUCAGGGAGCCAAUGACGGAGCAGAACACCCCCAUGAGAUCUGUGUUAGACAUGUCCUUCAGUCUGCAGUAUUGGGAGAAGCAUUCACCCAGCAAGAAACAAGAGAAAGUUUUUGAAUCCACAGAGGGAACAUUGUUCCCGCUGAAGCCCUGGACAGAGUACUGCCUGCAGGUCAAUGCAUUCAACAAAUUGUACAAUAAGACCAGCCCAUACACGCAGCAACAGUGUGUGAGGACCCUGGGAUAUCCUCCGGUGUGGAAGGUGUUGCUGGCUCUGCUGGGCUGUGUAGCUCUGAUGACGACAGUGCCUGUCUACAGAUGCCACAAAAAGAGAAAAAGUAUUGUCUCAAAGCACACAUUUCCCAGCAGUAUACUGCAUAACACACAGGAUACAAUAUCCCUUCUCCUCCUGCCUCGGGAGGAGAGCUGUGUGGCCACAGUUGUGGUGGCUGUACAGGUAGAGCAGACAAGCCAGGGUCAACAGCAACAGGUCAAGGGUCAGGGAGAUGUUGAGGCGGAGCUGGACAGUGGCUCCUCCUCCAUCCAGAGAGAACAAGGCAGCUCCAGUCAGGACUCUGGGAUCUACUCAGGAGAAGACAGUGGAAAGAAGAGCGCAGGAUCAACAACAACAAGUCAACCUAAAGAGACACACUGAGAAGAAAAAAAAUGGAUCCCCAUAGCAAACUGCUGUAGAGCAAUUAGUGGAAUUUUGGGAAGCAGGCUUGGAUUCACUGUCAAGAGGAGAGCUCUUGGGGAAAUUCUCUUUUAGUCAAAUUACUUUUUAAGACAUUUUUAGACUAGCUAUAAGACCCAUUGCAGUUGAGUUUAUUGAGUUGCCUGGGAAUAAUUGCCAAUAAUGCAGGUUAUGGAAUGUACUGUAUAUGUUAUUAUUUUUACGUUAUUCCCAUGCAAUAGGAGAUAUGAAAUAUAUUUUGCUCAGAUAAUUCACAGGCCAUUUAGAGUUCCCCUGUCCAGUGUUCUUUUGCCCAUCUUAAACUUUUCUUUUUAUUUGCCUGUCUGAGAUAUGGCUUUUUCUUUGCAAAUCUGUCUAGAUGGCCAGCAUCCCAGAGUCGCCUAUUCACUGUUGACGUUGAGACUGAAGUUUUGCGAGUACUAUUUAAUGAAGCUGCCAGUUGAGGACUUGUGAGGCGUCUGUUUCUCAAACUAGAUACUCUAAUGUACUUGUCCUCUUGCUCAGUUUCGCACCGGGGCCUCCCACUCCUCAUUCUAUUCUGGUUAGCGCCAGUUUGCACUGUUCUGUGAAUGGAGUAGUACACAGAAUUGUGCGAGAUAUUCAGUUUCUUGGCAAUUUCUCGCAUGGAAUAGCUUUCAUUUCUCAGAACAAGAAUAGACUGACGAGUUUCAGAAGAAAGUACUUUGUUUCUGGCCAUUUUGAGCCUGUAAUUUAUCCCACAAAUGCUGAUGCUCCAGAUACUCAACUAUUCUAAAGAAGGCACAUUUUAUUGCUUCUUUAAGCAGGACUACAUUUUCAGCUAUUCUAACAUCAUUGCAAAAGGGUUUUCUAAUGAUCAAUUAGAAUUUCAAAAUGAUAAACUUGGAUUAGCUAACACAUGCCAUUGGAACACAGGAGUGAUGGUUGCUGAUACUGGGCCUCUGUACGCCUACGUAGAUAUUCCAUUCAAAAUCAGUUUCCAUCUACAAUAGUAAUUUACAACAUUAACAAUGUCUACACUGUAUUUCUGAUCGAUUUUAUGUUAUUUGAACCCCUCUGGGAUAUGUGGGAUGAUAGCGUCCCACCUCGCCAACAGCCAGUGAAAGUGCAGGGCCCCCAAAUUCAAAACAACAAAAAUCUCAUAAUUAAAAUUCCUCAAGCAUACAAGUAUUUUGCACCAUUUUAAAGAUAAAAUUCUCGUUAAUCCAGCCACAGUGUCUGAUUUUAAAAAGGCUUUACAGCGAAAGCACCACAAACUAUUGUUAGGUCACCACCAAGUCACAGAAAAACACAGCCAUUUUUCCAGCCAAAGAGAGUCACAAAAAGCACAAAUAGAGAUAAAAUUAAUCACUAACCGUUGAUUAUCCUCAUCAGAUGACACUGAUGAGGACUUCAUGUUACACAAUACAUGUGUGUUUUGUUUGCUAAAGUGCAUAUUUAUAUUUAAAAAACUCAUUUUACAUUGCCGCGUUAUGUUCAGUAGUUCUAAAACAUGCGGUGAUUGUGCAGAGAGCCACAUCAAUUUACAGAAAUACUCAUCAUUAAUGUUGAUGAAAAUACAAGUGUUAUACAUGGAAUUAGAGCUAUACUUCUCCUUAAUGCAACCGCCGUGUCAGAUAUUUUUUUUACGUUACGGAAAAAGCAAACCAUGCAAUAAUCUGAGUACAGCGUUCAGACAACAGAGCAGCCAAAAAGAUAUCCGUCAUAUUGUGUAGUCAACAUUAGUCAGAAAUAGCAUUAAAUAUUCACUUUUCUUUGAUGAUCUUCAUCAGAAUGCACUCACAGGAAUCCCAGUUCCACAAUAAAUGUUUGAUUUGUUUGAUAAAGUUAAUCAUUUAUAUCCAAAUAGCUUUUUUUAUUAGGGCGUUUGAUAAACAAAUCCAAACGCGCGUUCAGGUCCAGCCGAACAUCGGACGAAAAGUUCAAAAAGUUAUAUUACAGGUCAUAGAAACUUGUCAAACUAAGUAUAGAAUCAAUCUUUAGGAUGUUUUUAUCAUAAAUCUUCAAUAAUGUUCCAACCGGAGAAGUCCAUUGUCUGUAGAAAAGCAAUAGCUGUGGCACUCUGCCAGACACUGGGCUCAAUCCCCUCUCAUUCGCCCCCACUUUACAGUAGAAGCCUCAAACAAAGUUCUAAAGACGGUUGACAUCUAGUGGAAGCCUUAGGAAGUGCAAUAUGACCCCAUUUACACUGUGUAUUGGAAUGGCAAAGAGUUGAAAAACUACAAACCUCAGAUUUCCCACUUCCUGGUUGGAUUUGUCUCAGGUUUUCGCCUGUGAUAUGAGUUCUGUUAUACUCACAGACAUCAUUCAAACAGUUUUCGAAACGUCAGAGUGUUUUCUAUCCAAUACUACUAAUACUAUGCAUAUAUUAGCAUCUGGGACAGAGUAGCAGGCAGUUUACUCUGGGCACCUUAUUCAUCCAAGCUACUCAAUAACCCUGUCACCAAGAAGUUAAUGGACAAGUGCUUUUCUUUAAAAAACAAGGACAUUUCUAAGUGACCCCAAUCUUUUGAACGGUAGCAUAAGAAUAUUUUGAAAAUAAAUACACAACGCAGAGGAUGAGAGGAUUAAAAACUAGAGUACUAAUGGUCAAUAGUGAAUUGUAAAUAGGAGUUGGGUUUCAGUUCAUCAUAUGUUAGAAUCUGUGGAAUGUCACUUCUGAACUCAGUGACUUGUGCCAGGUUUUCAUUGGUCUGUACAUUGAGUCGAGAGCAGGAUACUUGUUAUUUGGCUAUUGGCCAAGUUGUACUGCAAGGACAACCCCAGGCUAGGGUGGGGGGUUAUAAAUGGCAUCAUGUUCCUUUGUUCAGUGGGGAAAAGCUGAGGACAGGGGAAACUGAACAUCUACCUUCCAGCACAACAUCUUGAUUUGUCAAAUAAAUAAUAAUAAUCUGAAUAAACCUAUUUUUCUCCCCCUGA